CCGGGCAGCAUGGCUCGCAGGCGCGGGGCCCGAGGGGAGCCGCGGGGACGCGAGCCGAGCGGCCGGAGCGCCAGGGGCAGGAAUGCGGCGCCGCGUGAGGAGGCGGCGGGUGUCUGUGAAGACAAGAAACCGGAAGCCCCCAAGAAGGGCCUCGUCCCAAAAGUUUCCCCAGGAAAGAAGAAGAGAGGUCGCAGUCACCCUGGGGACUCCACAGAUCGCCCAGCAAGAAAGAAGGUGGCCCAGGCGACUGUCACGUCUGAGAGCCUCCCGGUGAAGGAGGAAGCCCUCGGUGAAGGGGGAGAGGUCAGGGGCUUUUCAAGGGACUUCAAGAAGGCACGUGUAAAGAAGGAGGCCCCCGUGGACAGAACGAGCAGCGAAGGAGAAGAUGAGGAAGACAGUGAGGAGGACUGGGAGGAGGUGGAAGAGCUCAGCGAGCCUGGGCCGAGUGACACGGGAGGCGGCUCAGCGUCGUCUGCGUCUGCGGUGCCUGUGGAGCCCGUGGAGAUCGAGAUCGAGACCCCGGAGCAGGCCAAGAGCAGAGAGAGGAGGGAAAAGAUGAAGAUGGAGUUUGAGACGCAGCUGCGGAGGAUGAUGAAGCGCUUCAGUAAAGAAGUCCACGAGAACACGCACAAGGUUCACCUGCUGUGCCUGCUGGCCAAUGGCUUCUAUCGCAAUAGCGUCUGCAGCCAGCCAGACCUGCUCGCCAUUGGCCUCUCCAUCAUCCCCACUCGCUUUACCAAAGUGCCGCCUCACGACGUGGACGUCAGCUUCCUCUCCAACCUGGUGAAGUGGUUCACUGGGACCUUCACGGUCAAUCCGGACCUGUCCACCAACGAGCAAGAUGACCUGCAGACGACACUCGGGAGGAGGUUUGCCAUCUACUCCGCGCGAGAUGAUGAGGAGCUGGUCCAUAUAUUUCUGUUGAUUCUCCGGGCUCUACGGCUCCUGACCCGCCUGGUGCUCUCUCUCCAGCCAAUUCCUCUGAAGUUAUCUGUGGCAAAGGGAAGGAGGCUGUCCAAGGAGACAUGCGCAGAAGGUGCUGGAGACUCCUCAGAAGCCGGCAGCCAAGUCCCAGGAGACCCAAAGACACCCAAGAGCAGCCCAAGAGCCGGACCAGGGGGAGCGUCAUCGAAGGGCCCCGGCCAGCGGGCGGCCAAGGCCAGGAAGACCCAGGCGGCCAGGCCCGGCAGGAAGCGGGGCGACUCCUCCAGCGAGGAGGGUGAGGGCAGCCAAGGGCAGCGGCCCGGGAAAGCCCCGGGGCGGCCUCGUGGCCGGCAGCGACGGGUGACCUCCAGGGUCUCUUACAAAGAGGACAGUGGGAGUGGCCGGUCCAGCAGCAGCUCUGACUUCGAGCUCUCCAGCGGGGAGGCCCAUAGUUCCUCCGGGGAGGACUCUGAACCCGCCCCUCCGAAGCGGAGGAAGGCCCCCGCCCCUCGGAGGACAAAGUCUGGGCCCCAGAGUGACCACUGUAAGCGCCCGGCAGCGUCGUCGGUCUCCUCGAGCCGCAAGAGAGGCAAGAAGGCCACUGGCGAGGCCCAGGAGGCCGUGGGCAGGGGCCCGCCCGGGGUGGACCAGUGGCUGGAGGUGUUCUGCGAGCGCGAGUCCCGGUGGGUGUGCGUGGACUGCGUGCACGGCGUGGUGGGCCAGCCCCCGGCCUGCUACAGGUUCGCCACCAGGCCCGUGGCCUACGUCGUGGGCAUCGACAGCGACGGCUGGGUCCGCGACGUCACGCAGAGGUAUGACCCCGCCUGGAUGACGGCCACCCGCAAGUGCCGGGUGGAUCCCGAGUGGUGGGCCGAGACCCUGAGGCCCUACCAGAGCCCGCAGCUGGACAGGGACAAGAAGGAGGACUCGGAGUUUCAGGCCAAGCACCUGGGCCAGCCUCUGCCCACUGCCAUCGGCACCUACAAGAACCACCCUCUGUACGCCCUGAAGCGGCAUCUUCUCAAGUACGAGGCCAUCUACCCCGAGACGGCGGCCAUCCUGGGCUACUGUCGUGGGGAAGCUGUCUACUCCAGGGACUGUGUGCACACGCUGCACUCCAAGGACACGUGGCUGAAGCAGGCCCGGGUGGUGCGGCUGGGAGAAGUGCCUUACAAGAUGGUGAAGGGCUUCUCCAACCGCGCCCGCAAGGCCCGCCUGGCCGAGCCCCAGCUGCAGGACCACAAUGACCUGGCCCUGUUCGGCCGCUGGCAGACGGAGGAGUACCAGCCCCCGGUGGCCGUGGACGGGAAGGUGCCGCGGAAUGAGUUCGGGAACGUGUACCUCUUCCUGCCCAGCAUGAUGCCCAUCGGCUGCGUCCAGCUCGACCUGCCCAAUCUGCCCCGCGUGGCCCGCAAGCUGGACAUCGACUGUGUCCAGGCCGUCACGGGCUUCGAUUUCCACGGAGGCUACUCCCACCCUGUAACCGAGGGCUACAUCGUCUGCGAGGAAUUCAAAGACGUGCUCCUGACGGCCUGGGAGAACGAGCAGGCCCUCAUCGAGAAGAGGGAGAAGGAGAAGAGGGAGAAGCGGGCGCUGGGGCACUGGAAGCUGCUGACCAAGGGCCUGCUCAUCCGCGAGAAGCUCAAGCUGAGAUACGGGGCCCAGAAGGAGGCGGUGGCUUCCCCCGCAGAUGCAGGAGGUGGCCUGUCAUCCGACGAGGAGGAGGGGACCAGCUCUCAAGCCGAAGCCGCCCGGAUCCUGGCUGCCUCCUGGCCCCAGAACCGGGGGGCUGAGGACGAGGAGCAGAAGCCCAGGCGCCCCCAGACCAGGAGGGGGAGGAAGGCGGCCGCCGCCCACCUGUUCCCCUUUGAGAAGAUGUGACCGAGGCCCGGCUCUGGGUCCCAGUGCUGGGUCCCCUCUGCGGAGGAGGCCGACAGAAGUGGCGAUCCCCACAGGGGUGGGCCCCGUGGAGGUCGUGGCCUGAACCCCAUCACACCCCCAGGGUGACUGUCACAGCUCUUUGGUGCCAACCCCACUCUGCGCUGUGGGACCUUCCCAGGAGACACCCCCUGAGCCCCACCUGUCCUUCCCACCUUUGGAGAUGUGGCCUUGUUUUUUAAAUGCAGAAACACUCGGGGUCCCUGGGCAGAAGUGCCCUUAGGAACGCAGCUGCCCUUUCUCUCAGGUGUCCCUCUGUCCCCUACGGAGGGGCUGCUC